CUUUGGCCCCGGGGGUCCGAGGUGGGGCCCGGUACCCCGCCCCAUCUCUGUUUGCUCAGAGUCAGGGAGGCGGAAAAGAAAUGUCCUCCUGACCCCUAUCAGAGCGCGAGGCCCAGGCCCAUCCCCCGCGCGUCUCCCGGGUUGCGGGGUGCUGGGGGCUGCUGGGUGCGCUUGGCUGCCGCGCGGCGCGUUGGAGACUUUAUUGCGAUGGGGCGAUAAGAGGGGCGGGGGCGGGGUCCGGGGGGCCGAGGCGGCAGCACUUUAAUUAAAACGGAAAUUGCGGCCCCUGCCCGCUCAGGGGGCCGGAGGGUUCCAAGCAGCCUGGUAGCUGGGAGCAUCGCUCCAGGACCCCCUCCAUCCCCUGCCACACCCGGGCAGCCCCCUCCCGCCAGGCCCUGCCGGACCCAGUGCCGUCUUCUCCCAGUCACCCGCGGUCGCCUCUGGCGGGGAUCGUUGCCCCGGAGCGCAAAGCCUGACGAGAUCCCCCUCUCUCACCUCCCCACCCCCCCACCUCCCACCGCCCAGUCCCUGGCGGCGAUGAGACAGAGCGGCGCCUCCCAGCCCCUGCUGAUCAACAUGUACCUGCCAGAUCCCGUCGGAGAUGGUCUCUUCAAGGAAGGGAAGAGCCCAGGGUGGGGGCCGCUGAGCCCCGCGGUGCAAAAAGGGAGCGGGCAGAUCCAGCUGUGGCAGUUUCUGCUGGAGCUGCUGGCGGACCGCGCGAAUGCCGGCUGCAUCGCUUGGGAGGGUGGCCACGGCGAGUUCAAGCUCACGGACCCAGACGAGGUGGCGCGGCGCUGGGGCGAGCGCAAGAGCAAGCCCAACAUGAACUACGACAAGCUGAGCCGCGCUCUGCGCUACUACUAUGACAAGAACAUCAUGAGCAAGGUGCACGGCAAGCGAGGGAACCUCCCUUUCUGCGCCUCCCACUCCCCUCCGGGAUUUGCGGCUGCAACCGCCUUCUCGCGGGUGGCGCGCGCCCUCUGCUGGUCGGAUCAGGGAAAGGCAGAAUCAGGUUUUGUCGCUAAGCUGGGGACCAAGGGCCAGAGGAUCCGACACUUCCUGGCUAACUUUGGCCUUCAGAGAGGAGGGUGA